AAAAUUUGAAAUCUUGAAAAAUGUUUUUUUCGGCCCUGCUUUUGCCUUCUUCAUGAAGUGGCUUUCCUGUUCCUGUACAGGCACAGAGGGUCGUGGAUCGGCCAAACAUAUACAGUAGUCUUCCUGACCUUGAAGAAUAUUGUCGUCAUGUUCACCUCUGGAUUUAAAUACUCGGCUUACGCUGCCGGCAUCAGUGUUGGAGCAGCCAUUGGCUUGACUCUGAACGGAAAUGAGCGAAUCUACUCGUCGGUUAUCAUGCCUGCUGUGCAGUGUUUAGAUGGGGAGAGAGCACACCGCAUUGCCGUUUUCUCUGCAAAGUAUAACAUGAUGCGGUUCUCGUCCAAGCCUGACACUAGCACACUGCACCAAACAAUCCUGGGCAUGAAGUUUGAAAAUCCCGUCGGCAUAGCGGCUGGUUUUGACAAGCAUGCUGAGGCGGUCGAGGGACUAUUUUCCAUGGGCUUUGGAUUUGUGGAGAUUGGGUCUGUCACACCGGAGCCCCAGGCUGGGAAUGAGAAGCCUCGUGUUUUCCGCCUGAUCCCGGACAAAGCUAUUAUAAACCGGUAUGGAUUUAACAGUGAAGGUCACAGCGCCGUUGAGGACCGAUUGAAGGGCUUACCGAUUCUGGACGGACCCCUUGGUGUAAACCUUGGCAAAAACAAAACCAGUACAGAUGCUGCCAACGACUAUGUCCUGGGUGUGAGAAACCUAGGUCGCUAUGCAAACUACUUGGUCAUCAAUGUGUCCUCACCAAACACGCCAGGCUUGCGAAGUCUUCAAGGCAGACAGCAGCUUCAUGACCUUCUCUCAAAGGUUGUAGCUGAGAGAGAUGAGCUGACAAAGAGCAUAGGUCGGAAGGUUCCAGUUCUCGUAAAGAUUGCGCCAGACUUGACUGAUAAGGACAAGGAAGAUAUUGCAGCUGUAGUGCUGGAAUUAAAGAUUGCUGGUCUGAUUGUUAGCAACACAACUUUGUCCAGACCGGAAUCCCUGCAAGGCAGUGCUAAAUCAGAGGCAGGUGGCCUGAGUGGUGAACCCCUGAAGAGAAUGUCAACACGGCUGAUCCAUGACAUGUACAAGCUCACAAAGGGCAGUGUAUUGAUCAUCGGUGCUGGAGGUGUUAGCAGUGGACAAGAUGCCUACGAGAAGCUUGCUGCCGGUGCAUCUCUUAUUCAAAUUUACAGCUGCUUGGCGUACAUUGGGCCACCAGCAGUGUCCAAAAUCAACAGAGAGCUCACCUCCAUAUUAAGGGAGAAAGGCUACUGGAAUGUCCAGGAUGUUGUGGGAAGUGCACAUAUAGCCCAGAAGAAAACGUAGCUCUGCAAUUCUGACCGAUUUGAGUACUUCAAAACAUUUGAUACGUAUCUUCACCUUUGAAAUUCGGGAUCCGUACACAGAAGUACGGUGUAGUCACGUACUGGUGACGCGUUCACUUGAUGACCGCCGUGCUACUAGUGUUUCUAGCAGUCUUAUUCUUUUCUAGGUUAGCAGAGCCCCAAGGAAGUACAUGUACUUCAAAGUAGAACAUACGCAAUGCUGCACCAUGGCUGUGUUGCAAAGUAGUCAACACUUCCCCAGUGUACUGCACCAUGGCUGUGUUGCAAAGUAGUCAACACUUCCACAGUGUACUGUUACAGCUGCUGGUGCUAUUGCUACUACUGCUGCACGCGCUAUCGUUCACCAGUUGCCCGACUUUUUGCUGCGUCUGCCAUCGUUCUCUGCAGUGUGUCGGUGUGUGUAAUGAUCAGCAGUGUAGGGCGUGUGUGCGAGAACGUGACUUCAGUGACACUUUUGAUCUGCUCCUUAUUUUGGGACAAUGCCCUUGCUGGCAACAACAGGGUUUUAGUAUUAUUAUUAUUGUUGAAUUUAGUAAUUUCUUGACUUUCAGGUGUAAAUUAUGAAUGAGAUUACUGCCGUUUGUAGUGCUGAUCUCAUUUUCAUUGCAUAGUACAAGUGUAGUAGCAGUUUUCUAGCUUUACAACACAUGUAGCCGUGGUUGGCUAUAAAAACCCUGCAAUCGCCACGCAAAGUGGUCAUUGGCUACCCCAGCCAUGUAUUGCUUGGAAUGAAAUAAAAAAUAAUAAUAAAAA